AUGGGCUUCUGGGUUGGCUGGGAUUUAUGGGAGAAGUUGAGUGUUGCCCUCGUGGUCAUUUUCGGCUUCUGCGUCCUUGCAUACAAUAGAUGGAGGAUACGCAGAUAUGCAGCGAUCGAGGCACGACAGAAAGAGGAGGAAGCCGAGUUAUACCCAAUGCUGAAGAAAGACGACAUUCCUUUUGGUGCCCGAGCUUUGGAGAGAGGCGUUAGGGUCUCGGGCAUUUGGAUUUCCAGCCCCGAAACCCCAAGCCCUGGCCGCCCUCAGACUCCUAUAAUCAGAAGUGAAUCGCCCACUCCAGCACCACGACCUUCCCCCGUUCUUGUCCAACCUGCAAACCGCCCAGUCCCGGUGCCACACGAUGAUCCGGCGCCCCUACCCACUGUGCCCUUAUACGCUCACUCCCCUGUUAUCAACACCCAAAGCAACCUUAUUACUGCCAACAACUUCCGAUAUGAGCACUACAGGCCCGGCGCGAUUUACGCGCCCACAGUGACAUCCAGUGCUCAAGUUCCCCCGAGAACAUUCAACCGUCGAAGCGACGCGUUUGAAAGCCAUGACAAGCGGGCUAGUUUCCACAAGCGAGUCAUGCGGAUGAGCCAGAUCUUUGAUCAAAAACGGAGCCGGUCAGGAACCAGUGAGCAAGAGGAGUUAGAUCUGGGUUCACUCGGACAUGAACAUGAUUCUAGUCUCCAGGCUGAGCAGCACCACCCUUCACGGAUCCACAGACUCCUUCGCAGACGAUCGUCCGAGGAGUUUAGACGCAAGAUGAGUCAAAUCUUCAACGACAGGAUCCAUAUGAACAUACCUGAAGAGAGGCUCCAGUUCGACCCCAGCUUACAACAGAACGGGAGACGGAAAUUUCGAUCGUCUAUUCUGUCGCAUUUUCCCGAACAUGAAACACAGGGUGAGAUGGAUGAAAGCCAACUGCCGGGCCCUGGUGCGCCAACCCCGCUCUCCGCGCUUGAGGGCCUUGCGGGACUGAGUGGGAGGGAUAUCAAGCUGUUUGUGGACGCCGGGUACCAUACAGUCGAAGCAAGAUUGCUGGAGCAAAUCAAGGGAAUAUCGGAGCAGAAGGCCACUAAGAUCUUAGUCGAGGCUGCGAAACUAGUGCCCAUGGGAUUUACGACCGCGACCGAGAUGCAUGCCCGACGAAGUGAGCUCAUUUCCAUAACAACAGGAUCCAAGCGGCUCGACACCCUGCUUGGCGGUGGUGUCGAAACUGGAUCAAUUACCGAGAUAUUCGGUGAAUUCCGAACGGGAAAAAGUCAAAUCUGUCAUACACUUGCGGUCACCUGUCAGUUGCCCUUCGACAUGGGUGGAGGCGAGGGAAAGUGUUUAUACAUUGACACAGAGGGAACCUUCCGACCUGUCCGGCUUUUGGCUGUGGCGCAGAGAUUUGGUCUUGUGGGAGAGGAAGUACUCGAUAAUGUGGCAUAUGCCCGUGCCUAUAACUCAGAUCAUCAGUUGCAGCUGCUUAACCAGGCGUCUCAGAUGAUGUGUGAGACCCGAUUUUCGCUUCUUGUGGUCGAUUCAGCGACAGCAUUGUACCGGACAGAUUUUAAUGGCCGUGGAGAGCUGUCAUCCCGACAAACUCAUCUCGCCAAAUUCAUGCGUACACUGCAACGCUUGGCCGAUGAGUUCGGAAUUGCAGUUGUGAUCACGAAUCAAGUUGUGGCGCAAGUUGACGGUGGUCCCAGCUCCAUGUUCAACCCCGACCCGAAGAAACCCAUUGGAGGUAACAUUAUUGCCCAUGCCAGUACUACCCGACUCAGCUUGAAGAAGGGUCGUGGCGAGACUCGAGUGUGCAAGAUUUAUGACAGCCCGUGUCUUCCAGAAAGUGAUUGUCUCUUUGCUAUCAAUGAGGAUGGCAUCGGUGAUCCCAUUGAGAAGGAGGGCGAGAACGAUUAA